UGCUGCUUCAUCUGUAGUGUCCAAAAGGCAGACUGAGCUGCUGCCGCCCAGCGGGGUGGGUGCGGGGAGAACCCUUCCCUAGUGUCCCUCUGUGCCCAGCCGGGGGGACUUUCUCUGGGGGCUGGAACAAGCCCCCGGGACAGCCCCGGGCUCUGCCGACACCAGCCCCUGAGCCGGAGCCUGCUGCAGGCUGCAGGAUAACGUCCCCGUUUCACUCCAGAUCAAACCGCCUGCCCGGGGGUCGGGGAUGGGAAAUGGCUGCAGAGCAGCUGGCUCAGGAUUUCCCAUCCCCGAGCCCAAUGUGAUCUCCUGGAUGGAGCAGAGGAAAGAGCUGUGGGCCCCAGAUCUGCAGGACUCUGAGGAACCAGAGCUUCUGAGGGAUGUCCGCCCAGCAGGUGACGGGACGGGGAGUGAGAGCGAGAAGGAGACCCCUCAGCAGAAAGGCCCUGAACCAGUGGAACCACAUGGGGCGGUAUCGGGAACAGCCAAAGGGGAUGUUUCCCAGAGUGCUGAGCAGGGAAACCCUCGAGGGACAGGGAAGAGCAGAUCCUCCUACCCGGGCAGAGGUGUCAAUCAGCUCAAAGACAUCGGGGAGCGGCCCUACCGGUGCGAGGACUGUGGGAAAAGCUUUAGCAGCAGUUCAGCCCUCAUCAUCCACCGGCGGAUCCACACCGGGGAGAGACCCUACAAGUGCCCCGGUGGCGGGAACAGCUUCAACCAGAACUCGGCGCUGAUUGCACACCGGCGCAUCCACACCGGCGAGAAGCCGUAUGAGUGCCCUGACUGCGGGAAGCGCUUCAGCCACGGCUCCACCCUCAUCAAGCACCAGCGCACCCACACGGGCGAGAAGCCCUACCGGUGUGAGGAGUGCGGGAAGUGCUUCAGCAUCCGCUCGACCCAUGUGCGGCACCAGAAGACCCACACGGGCGAGCGGCCCUACGUCUGCGGGGAGUGCGGCAAGAGCUUCAGCGACAGCUCCUACUUCGUGCAGCACCAACGGGUCCACAUGGGCGACAUGCCCUACGCCUGCCGGGACUGCGGAAAGAACUUCAUCUGGAGCUCGGCCCUGCUCCGGCACCGGCGCAUCCACACCGGGGAGAAGCCCUACAUCUGUGGUGACUGCGGGAAGAGCUUCAGCGAGAACUCCACCCUGCUGCGGCACCGGCGCAUCCACACCGGCGAGAAGCACUACAAGUGCACCCAGUGCGGGAAGAGCUUCAACGACAGCUCCUCCCUCAUGCGGCACCAGCGCGUCCACACCGGGGAGCGCCCCUACCAGUGCCCCCAGUGCAGCAAGAGCUUCGUGGAUAGCUCCACCCUCAUCUGCCACCAGCGCACCCAUACCGGCGAGCGCCCCUACACCUGCCCCGACUGCGGCAAGAGCUUCACCGAGAGCUCCACCCUCAUCACCCACCAUCGUGUGCACACGGGCGAGCGGCCCUACACCUGCCCCGACUGUGGCAAGAGCUUCAGCCAGAGCUCCAACCUUGUCACCCACCAGCGCAUCCACACUGGCGAGCGCCCCUACGCCUGCGCCCAGUGCGGGAAGAGCUUCUACCGGAGCUCGGACCUUAUCCGACACCACAGGACCCAUACGGGGGAGAAGCAGGGACCCUUCACCUGUAGUGAGUGUGGGAAGAGCUUCCGUUGGAGAUCCGUUCUUAUUAUUCACCAGAAAAUCCACAUGGGAGAGAACCCCUAUAAGUGCCCGGACUGUGAGAAGAGCUUCAGCAAGAGCUCAGAUCUCAAUCUUCACCAGAGAAUCCACUUGGGGCAGAAAUCCUACAUAUGCACUGACUGUGGGAAAAGCUUCCCUCAGUACCACCUCCUUACUUCCCAUCAGAGAACCCACACGGGAGAGAGACCCUACAAAUGCCCUGAGUGUGGGAAGAGCUUCAGUCAGAGCUCACACCUUGUCAUUCACCAGAGAACCCACACUGGGGAGAGACCCUACAAAUGCCUGACCUGCGAGAGAUGCUUCGGUGAUAGAUCUCAAUUUAAGACUCACCAGAGGAUCCACACAGGAGAGAAGCCCUACAAAUGCCCACAGUGCGAGAAAAGCUUCAGUCGGAACUCUUACCUAGUUAUACACCAGAGAACCCACACGGGAGAGCGACCCUACAAAUGCCCCGACUGUGGGAAAAGCUUCAGUGACAAGUCACAUUUUAAUACACACCAGCGAAUCCACACAGGAGAGAUGCCCUACAAGUGUCCUGAGUGUGGGAAAAGCUUCAGGAGGCGCUCAUACCUGGUUACACACCACAGAACCCACACGGGAGAGAGACCUUAUAUAUGCCUGACCUGUGCAAAAACCUUCAGCGAUCGAUCUCAUUUUAGAAAACACCAGAGAACCCACACGGGAGAGAGGCCCUACAAAUGCCCCGAGUGUGGGAAAGGCUUCUGUCUGCGUUCAGACCUUAUUAUACACCAGAGAACCCACACGGGAGAGCGGCCCUAUAAGUGCACCGAGUGUGGGAAAACCUUCACUCGUAGCACCUACCUUUUUUCACAUCAGAGAGUCCACACAGGGGAGAAACCGCAGAAGUGUUCUAACUAGGGAUGGGCCAAGUGAAUGAUACCUCUGCUGGUUCCCACAGUCUCAGCGAGUCAGGCCAGGCUGGAGUGGUCGUGUAAUGGGGACAUGUAAUGGUUAUCAAAGCAGAGAAUGGAACCACCUUCCUGGGACAGAGUUGUACAGAGCAGGAGGCUGAGAUAAGAUUUCCACGUUGUAAUGGGAUUUGAUUAUUACAUCUCAGAAAGCUCUGAACAUCCUGUGAUCAGCUCCUACAUCUAAAUCAUUUACCCACAAGUGGCCAGUUCCCUGUGUAGUGUGGGAGGACUCUUGGAUUCCUUGUUGGCACUAAGCGCUCACAUAGCUGCCCCUGUGAGUAAUGCUUUCUCUCAUCUCUAGUUGGCUAGGAAACUCUGUCCCAUCCUGGUGGACAAUAAGCUGGCCUCAGUAGUUGUUCAUACCUUUGUCACCUGUUGGCUGGACUACAGCAGUGCUAUGGACCUGGGCACAAAAGCGUCAGCACUUAGGAAACUCCAGCUAGUACAGAACACUGCAGCACUUCUCUGGACAAAGGCUAUGCAUGGACAACUCAGGCCUGCCCUCGGUCUCUACUCUGGCUUCCCAUAGAAUAUUGAAUCAAGUUCAGGUCUCGGUUCUUAUCUUCAAGUUGCUUCCUGGUCUGCUAGGGGCAAACCAGUGCCUCAGAUGCUGUAUGCAUGGGUCUGUGUUUUCGUAGGAUUUGCACGAGGAGCUGAGUAGCUCAGUGCCGAUCUCUUCAUGUGAACAGGGACUCCAAUGGAGUGUCCCAUGAAAAACAUGCUUCACACAGGCAUUUGCAACUGACAUUGUAUUUACGACCCCCGUCCCCACCACACUUUUAUUUUAUUUUAUUUUAUUUUAUUUUAUUUUUGCAUCAGCAGUUUUGUUCCCAAAGUACCCUCUAACUUAGGUAUUUUACAAACAGUUCUUUUUUUUUCUUCUUCUAAACAGGGUUUUGUAAUUUGCUGAAGGAAGAAGAAAUUCAAGAUUCUGCAUUAAGCAUUUACCUGAGGCUCUUAUUAUUUCAUCCAAUACUUUAUCUGGGUCUCUAGCAUCUGUCAUGUUGUUCACCUACUCUACUGCUUGAGCACAAUAUUCCUGGGUUAAACAGGGACAAAUAUUUGAGAGUUUUUGGUUCACAUCAUGUGCAGUCCAGCUCACAGUCAUGGCUGCUUUGGCCUGGGGCAUCUAUGACACAAUCUCAGCAGUUCUCAGACUGUUUCUCUUUCAGACAAUGUGUGAUGGUUCUGCUUAUGGCAACUUGUACAAUCAAAAGCAAAAGUUUGACCAGUUAUGGGUUAGCACAGCCUCCAUGCCAGAUUUCUUUCUCAGAGUUAGAUAGUACGUGUCUAUAGAAUCAGCAUCCCCUUCUUUUUUGGUAUCCUAUGGACGUCGGGGUUCUGGAGGUGCUGCCUCACCCCUUGGCUUGAAGUGGUUUCCAUUAUAUACAGGGCUUACAGUUUGAUUCAAUGGCUCUCAACACCCUUACUAUAAAAAUUGUUUCUGCACCCUUGCCUACAGAGCAUCCGGUUUUGGGCCAGGGCAAAAGCAGGCCAGGCCCAAACUGUUUGUUUCUUCAUGGCUUUUGGUGGUCACAUUCUCCCAGGCCUCUAAAGAACCAUCACUCAGCUGCUGAGAGAUUUAAAAUAAGAAACGCAGAUAAGGCAUCAUACUAGUUUUUAUACUGUGCUUGAAAACCUUUCCUUUGUGUGUCAAGAGACCUCUUCAGGUCACAGCUUUUUUUUUUUUUUUUUUUCUUAAUUGCCUUGGGAUGGUCUCACUCCAUUGACCUUUCAGCUGGAAGCUGAACAUGAGAGUCCACUGAGCUAGCAUGGCCAGGUCCUGUUACCAGCCCUCUCCAACCCACCCCACUCUGUUUGAACUGGGGUCUCCUGGUUGGGAUCUGGAGUGUUAAACCAAAGCUGGGUCAGCAGUCUGGCCUCAUGCUCCCCCUCUGCACUGUCUUGAUAACCUUCAUCAGGUGCUCUCCCUGUUGGCCUGCUCCCAUGACAUGCUUCCAGAGUGGCACGCACUGGUUGUGCCAAGAGUAUAUUGGUUCCUUCUGUUCCCACAGUUUCCUCUGUCUGGUGUCUCUUCAUGAGCUGUUUGAGUGCCAGAGCUGGCGAGGCUUAAUUCAAGGGACUGUGAGAAACCUCCAUCUUUAACUCACAGACCUUUUUGAAUGGCGUGUCCUCUUUUAUAUGAUGGUUGCAUAUUACUUUCUUAGCCAAUAGUUUUGGGGACAAUGCUUUAAAAGGCCUGGUCUCCUCCAAGGUAAGGAGAAACUUUUGAUCAGUGCAUAGUGGGACAGAGACAGUUGUAAAAAGGGAAGGAGUGAGGGUGAAGAUGUUUGAACACUUUGUUUUGUAUUUUUAUAGUUGUUGGAAAGUUACCGUUCAUUUAAAAACAAAAGGCAUACACACCCGUUCCCCUGAAAAGGGCCCUAGGUGCUUGUAUGGGGGGGGGGGGGUUAUGGGAAGUGGUAUACCCUGAACCAGCUGGCUCCCAUUUGCUUAAAAUCUCUUCAAUUACACCUUUUUCUGCUUCAACUAUGCCUUUUAAUUUCCCCUUAGUCUCUCUGCAUUACACUUGUACUCACCAUAACACAGUUUUCUGUAAUUUCUCACUUCUGUCAUCUACUGUCUUGUAUUAUUUGACAUUGUAAAAUAUCUAGGGACUUGUACACACUACCAGUUCUGUCAGUGUAACUUAUGUCACUCAGGUGUGUGAAUAAGCCACCCCUCUGAGCAACAUAAGUUACACCAUCCUAAGUGCCGGUGUCUGCUACCUCUUGUGGAGCUGGUUUUAUUCUGCCAAUGGAAGAGCUCUCUCCCGUCGACAUACGAGUGUAUUUACCGGAUGUGCUACAGCAGCGCAGCUGUAUCGGUGCAGCUGUGCUGCUGCAGCACUUCUAGUGUAGACUAGCCUGAGGUGACACAUUGUGUAAAAGUAAAAUGUGAAGUGUUAUAUAAGAACAGGGAAAACUUGACUCUUUAGGACUUCUUCAAUGUGAUAAUGAUAAAAAAAAAAAAACAGCAAAGGAGUUGUUGCUCUGCAGAAAUACCACCACAGAGUAUCACCAAGUAUGUAAUCCUGCCAAUGAUUUUGUUACUGUUAUUUUAUUUAUUUAUUGUUACUAUUUCUGAUAGGCCAGGACAAAGAUUAGAAAGAUUGGCAAAGCAAUAGGGGGAAUAAAGCUUCAUGAAGCUGGGGAGAGCUGCUGUGUGACAAAUGCCCAUGCUAAAGCCUGACAAUUAACAAAGAAUGCAUACUUUCACUAAAAAGUAUUUCAAAUAAUUGUCAAAUUUUCCCUAAAAUCUGGGCCAGCUCUCUUACCCCUAUACCCUGUUUUUUUCAUGUUAAACUUUUAAAAAGUUAUGAUAGUUUGUAUUUUAAAAUUUUAUUUGAUGUGAUUAAAAAUCAUGUGGUUAACAGAAGAUGGUAGUUGAAGAAAAAAUAAGUCAGGUAAAGAAGAGGUGGGGUGUGGGGUAGGCAUGAAUAGGCAUGUUUCUUUAGAUGUCAGUGCCAGGCUGGAGAUUUUAUCUCCGUUCUUGUCUUUUAAAAUUGUAUGUGUUGACUGUGAAAUCCCCUUAUAAAUGUGGGAGUGGGUGGGUUUUUUUAAUACAGUAUCCCAGAAUUUAAAACUUUCUUCACAAUUCACAAAAUGAUGAGCUUAUUAAAAGUUCUAUGUCCUGUAUUUGUAAAGAGAUUUAGAGAAGUUUUUAUCUGGUUGGUGUUUCUUCAUACUGGGCAAUUCAUUUAGGCAAAAUUUUAAAAACAAGCUAAUGCUAUUUUUUUUUCCAAGUUGGGAUAGUCUCUCUUUUAAACGUAUUGUCAUUUUCAUUUUGUUUCGGUAAGACAAAAUCAUAAUGUUGAGAUUAUGAUUUUGAGAUUAUGAUGUUGAGAUUAUAUGAG